AGCCUCGUAUGUUUACCGCGCUUAGAUCGAUGCUGAAUGGAGGACGACUGUCAUGGCGGGACUCAGCAAUUCCCCAAAACAGCUCUUUAGCGACGUCCAUUUCUUUAUUACAUCAUCCUGCAGCGAGGCGGUUAAACAGCAACUAAAACAAGGCGGAGCGAGAAGAGAGUUCUACAUAAGUGACCUAGUGACUCAUGUGAUCACUGACUCUGCUGAUUUCCCUCAGCACAGUGAGGCUGAAGAGUUCAACUUGCCAAUUGUACUGGAAAACUGGGUGACAAUGAGUGCCAAGUUGAAUGUACUUUUACCAACCACACCAUUUCAUCCAGACUGCAACAAACUUUUUUCCAGAGUAACAGUCUGUCCAUCACAGAUCCCUUCUGGCGACUUGAAUAUCUUGUGGGCUAUGGUGACGUAUCAUGGCGGCUCAGUUCAGCUGAGUCUCACUUCAGACUGCACUCAUCUUGUCAUUCCAAAGCCUAUUGGGGAAAAGUACAAGUGUGCUCUCAAAUAUCCAGGGUUAAUAAAGAUUGUCACACCAAGUUGGCUUAUUGACUCUAUCAGGAAAGAUAAGCUGCUUCCAGAAGAGGACUACAUGCCUGCUGAGCCACCAGCUCCAUCACCAUCAGUGACAGCAAAAAAUAUGGAGAUAAAUCAAUCUCCUGCUGCCACAACAGAUGUUAAUACACAAGGUUCUUCUGCAAAUGAGAACAUACAAUGCAAGACUUCUCCUCACCAUACAAUUCCACCACCAACAACUGUGGAUGUGGGCAUGACUAGUUUGGAAACGAAACCCCCAGUUGUUACGAAAUUAGUAACAUCAACUGCUGAAAUUGCAACUAGUUUGGCAUCAACUCAAGCAAAUUCAACCCCAGCUUUCACAACUUUAUCCAAUCAACCAUUCACAAUGUCAGGUGCAGAAACAAGAACACCCAUGCAAAUGCCCAGACAGUCUGAGGGGCAUGCUACAGCUGCAGCAGUUAUCGAGACUCCUAGCAAUGUUGCAUUAGACUCGAGUGAGAAAAAAGGACAAACUGAAGGACCCCCUUGUGUUCAAAGCAAUGGCCAAGAAACAGAGUCUCAUUUGUCCUUAUUUAAAGGGUGUGUGUUUGCGGUGAGUGACUACCAAGACCUAAUGGAACACUCUGCCCUGGCUACAUGGACUGAGGUGAUUGAACUUCAUGGUGGUACUGUUAGUCCAUUCUACACUCCUCGAUGCACCCACCUCAUUUGCCUUCAUCAGUGUGGCAAAUUGUUUUCUUUGGCACUUAAAGAUGGUAAAAUCAUUGUGACAGCGCAUUGGCUAAAUGAUGUGUUAUUGAAAGGAAGCUUGUUUCCACCAUGCAAUCCACUUCAUCUUCCCACGCCAUUUGAAAAAAAGUUGCCUGAAUGUGCUGGAAUGAGCAUUUCAGUCACAGGAUUCACUGGCCAGGAACGUCAGCUUGUGCGCAAUAUGGUGUUCAUGAUCGGUGCAAACUACACAGGAUAUUUAAUGAGAACCAACACACAUCUUGUCUGCAGAAGUUCUGAAAGCCUCAAAUACAAGAAAGCCAGGGAAUGGGGAAUACCAUGCAUUAAUGCCAAGUGGCUUUCAGAUAUUGUGUCAGGAGGAAAGGUCCCUCCAUGCGCCCUUACACGUUAUUCUCAGUAUGGUACCUCUGAUGAGCUGUCUAUCACCAGUAGUCUUGUUGAACCCCUUUUGGAACCAUGGAAGGAUUUCAAGCCUGACACAAGUAUGGAUUACCCACAGAAAAGACCAGCACAGGAAAUAGAUGAAAAUCGUAAUGCAAAGAAAAGAAGGCUAUCAGAGUCAUCUACUGUGGAGAUUAAUAGUAACACUCCACAUGUGUUAUUUACUGGUCUACCACAAUCCCAUGUCUACCAACUACAAAGGAUGGUGUUGAAUCUUGGUGGUAAGCUGGCAGAAUCUCCGCAGACCUGUACCCAUCUUGUUACCAACAAGAUUGUUCGUACAGUGAAGUUUCUUUCUGCCAUAUCUGUUUGCCAGCACGUUGUAACAACAGCUUGGUUGCAAAAGAGCCGGGAAGUCAAGCAUUUCGUUGAUCCUAGUCUUUAUCCACUCCAAGACUUGGCCUCUGAGAAAGAAUAUGGCAUAGAUAUUAAGCAGUCUUUAAAGCGAGCACGCGAACGUCGAUGCCUUCAGGGAAUUCAAGUCUAUGUAUCUCCUAAUGUUGAGCCAUGCCCAGCCUCUAUGAAGGAAAUAAUUGAAAGCGCAGGAGGGCAGAUGUUGACGAACAUCCCAUCCAAACAAAGCCUCACUACGCUAAAGACCCUAAAAACCAGUGAGGGUCACCCUGUCUUAGUAGUAGUGACCUGCCCAACAGAUGUGGCCAAAUGCAUUGACUUCAUUCGUUGUGGAUACGAUUUGUACAGUGUGGAAUUGAUACUAGCCGGUGUUCUGAACCAACAAAUAUCAUUUGACCAGUACAAGUUUGUUCUUCAGUAGAAGUCAAGUCUAAAUGCAUCGUUCAUCAUUCAUUGUAGAAGAUUAUUAGGAUGAAAGAUCGUUUAAUGUUUGUUUUCAUUUUUUGUUUUUUCAAGCAAGUUUGAUAACGUUUUUAGAGGAGGCAAGGGGGUGUUCUUUUGAUCAAGAAAAACAUAUCCAUAUAUCCCGUUUGUUACCCUACCUCGCGGGUUUUUCAGGGCUGUAACGGUCAUCGCAAAACUGGGUGGCACGCCCCUUAUAAUUUAGAAACAAAUUGGGGGGACACAGGUCCUGUUGUUGGAAACUGCAUGGCACCAAUUACGUGUUCAUGACUGUUUUGGUAUUUUAAAAUGGUCUUAAAGCAGCUGAAAAUUUUUAUCUGUGUACAUAAAGAAAAAUUGAAAAAUAUAUAAUAUAACCAUGUUACAGUUCGCCAAUCAAAGAGUCGGGUGAUUUUUGCUCCAAUAUUCUCGACAAGACUAGUGUAGUAGAGGGCCAUCUCCUUUCCGAGAGAAAGUAAAAACAUAGUUGUCUUGUAAAAUGAAUAAAAUCAGACAAAAUAUA